AUGCCGACGCCAUGCGAGAACGGCGCGGUUCCCAACUGUUCCAAAUCACUUUGUGGUAAAGAAAACUGCGAAAAGGGGCCGAGAACUGUUCUCCCUUCGGCCAAACAGGUCGAAUGCUGUCAGAAGAAGUUGACGGUCGGAGUGAUGCAGCAGAUCUCCGCCAGUUCAUCCGGAGCCAUCGUCACUUCCUUGUUCAGUUAGUCGCCCCUCUUCUCACAUUCCCACACGUUAUUCUCAUUCAGUGACUCCCUUGGACGUCGUCAAGAUCCGUCUGCAGCAGCAGCAGCGUCCGUUCCCCAAAGGAGAGUGCUUCUAUUAUCACAACGGACUGAUGGAGCACGUUUGCGAAGCGUGCGAAGUGCGCCGCCCGUGCGAGUGGUACCAGAGACCGGGACACUUCCACGGAACAGCCGACGCAUUCGUCAAGAUCGCCCGUCACGAAGGGAUCCGAUCGCUUUGGAGCGGGCUCGCACCCACCAUGGUCAUGGCUCUUCCGGCCACUGUUUUCUACUUUACCACUUAUGAUAACUUGUCGGCGUGGCUGAAAAAGAAGUGAGAAGGUGUCAUGCGAUUAAAAUACAAUUCCAAAUUCAGAAUGUGUUGCCGGAGAGCGUUCAGUCCUGAAAAAUGGACGCCGCCCGAUUGGACGGCGGCUGCAGUCGCCGGAAUCGCGGCCAGAACGAUCGCUGUGACCGUCGUAAGUCCAAUCGAAAUGGUUCGCACCAAAAUGCAAAGCCAACGGCUCACAUAUCACGGUAAUACAUCUAUUUUCCAUUUCAAUCUGAAUCCAAUCCAUUUUCAGAAAUUGGACACCUCAUACGGAGUUCUCUUGCGACAAAAGGAAUCUCCAGUUUCUACCUUGGAUGGACGCCUACGAUGCUCCGCGACAUUCCAUUUUCCGGCAUCUACUGGGCUGGGUACGAUUGGAUCAAGACCUCCCUGCAGAAGCGUCGUGGAGCUGACGAACAACCGUUUUUCGUGUCGUUCGUGAGCGGAGCGGCGGCCGGAAGUGUCGCCUCGUUCUGCACUCACCCGUUCGACGUCAUCAAAACACACUGCCAGAUUAGGAUCGGAGGCAGUGCGGCCGAUAUGAACAAGUCGAUUGUGACCGUGAUCAAGGAGAUGUAUCACGCGAGAGGGAUGUCCGCCUUUUCAGCAGGUAUCUUCCGCCCCCCUACGUUUCGGAAUCCUUCUCUCGUUUCAGGUCUGGUGCCCCGUCUGGUGAAGGUUUCUCCGUCGUGUGCCAUCAUGAUCAGCUUCUACGAGUACUUCAAGUACCUCUUCCAGAAAGUGGAUAAAGUCAAUUAGCAAUUCAAUUCUCGUAGAUCUAGUCAUUUCCAAUCACAAAUACUCUUUUUUUCUCUUGUCAAUGGUAUCUUCUUUCCAGUGUGAAUACCUAAUCAUGUUGAAGUAGGACCUGUGCCCUGUCGAUUCUCCCUUUUCCCCCGUAUCGGGUGUUCAUUCCCUGUUCUCUAGGUGUAUUACUAGGCUAUUAACGCACUAUUGCAUGCACCCUCUGCACUAUGGCCGUGGCCGGAAUAAUUUUUAGGCCGCCAUUCAUUCAAUGAAGUUUGCAUUCAUUAAAUUGGUCUUUUUCUACUCGUUUUGCCAAUUUGUUGCAUAUCAAUUUGCUUUACUUUUGAACCAUGGUCAACAUUGGUUUCCAACAAAAUAACUGUCCUUUUACAGGUAAUAAUGUCGUCGCUUGUGAGCAUCAGCAAAAAGUUGUCCGGGCAACGGCAACAUCGUGAACGCUCGCAGCCAGAAGCCCGUAGAAAAUAUGGAGAACUUGAGAAAAAGAAAGAUUACAAGCUGAGAGCACAAGAUUAUCAGAAUAAAAGGGAGACGAUCAAGAAGUUGAAAAAGCAUGCGAUGGAUAAAAAUCAGGACGAAUACCAUCAUCACAUGGUCAACAGCGAGACUUGGGUAAGCUAAUGCAUGAAUUUUCUUCAAAACAAUCAAUUUUUAGGAUGACGGGCGUCACUUUGACAAACGGAACGAAGCGGAAGAGGCGCAAACUCAACUACAAAAAAAGCUCGGAAGUCUGAAAGAUUUGGAGUACGUCAAGUACAAGCUGAACGAUGAGAAAAAGAAGAUUGACGAGAUGAAGAGCGAACUGCACUUUGCGGAUUCGUCGUUGAGCGGAAGGAAGAACACGCACACGGUGUUCGUCGACGACGAUUCUGAAGCGAAAAAGUUCGAUCCACGCGCGUACUUCGACACGACCACUUCGAUGCUCUCCCGACAGUUCAAUCGAGUCAAGAAUGAAGAUCUGCACAACAAGACGAUCGUCGGUGCCGAAACGAAGGAGCAAGUCAGAGUAAGCGCUGAUCCUGCUCUAGAAUACUCCCUUCUCUAAUUGUUUCCAGAAGGCAGACCGUAUCCGUCGUACGCGCUAUAACGAGAUGAUCAAAAGAGUGGAGCGAGCCAAGGAACUGCAGGUUGUUGUUGACAAACUGGAACUGAAGAAGCAGCUGGCGGCGAGCAGCAAGUCGGAACUCAGGCCGAAGAAAGUGAGGAAGGCCAAGGAGAUGAGGGCUGCUGUUUACAAGUGGACGUACGAGAGAAAGAAGUGA